CGCUUCCGCGGCCCCGUGGUUGUCAAGGGAGACUACGGAAGAAGCGUGACGUACGCCCGUGGGCCGGACCGUGAGUUGGAGAAAGGGAAUGUCGAUCGGCGAGAGAUCGGUUACAGAGGCGGCCGGGAGCGUCAACAGAAUGGCACAACAGAAGAACCUUGAGGGGUACGUGGGGUUCGCAAAUCUCCCCAACCAAGUGUACAGAAAGUCUGUGAAGAGGGGCUUCGAAUUCACUCUAAUGGUCGUUGGAGAAUCAGGUUUGGGGAAGUCAACGCUCAUCAACUCCCUGUUCCUGACAGACUUGUAUUCUCCAGAGUACCCUGGACCCUCUCACAGAAUCAAGAAAACCGUUCAGGUGGAGCAGUCCAAGGUACUGAUUAAAGAGGGUGGAGUCCAGCUGCUGCUCACUAUUGUGGACACACCAGGGUUUGGAGAUGCUGUGGAUAACAGUAACUGCUGGCAGCCCGUCAUCGAUCACAUCGACAGCAAGUUUGAGGACUACCUCAACGCUGAGUCCCGUGUCAAUCGCCGCCAGAUGCCCGACAGCCGAGUGCACAGCUGUCUGUACUUCAUCGCCCCCUCUGGUCAUGGACUGAAACCACUGGAUAUUGAGUUCAUGAAACGGUUACAUGAAAAAGUGAACAUCAUCCCACUCAUCGCCAAAGCAGACACACUGACUCCAGAGGAGUGCCAGCAGUUCAAGAAGCAGAUAAUGAGAGAGAUUCAGGAACAUAAGAUCAAGAUCUAUGAGUUCCCGGAGACUGAUGACGAGGAGGAGAGCAAGCUAGUCAAGAAGAUUAAGGAGCGUCUGCCGCUGGCUGUGGUGGGCAGUAACACCAUCAUCGAGGUCAAUGGAAAGCGUGUGAGGGGCAGGCAGUACCCCUGGGGCGUGGCAGAAGUGGAGAAUGGGGAGCACUGUGACUUCACAAUCCUUCGAAACAUGCUCAUCAGAACCCACAUGCAGGACUUGAAGGACGUGACCAACAACGUCCAUUACGAGAACUACCGCAGCAGGAAACUGGCCGCUGUCACUUACAACGGCGUCGACAACAACAAGACCAAAGGCCAGCUCACAAAAUCUGACACAGUUGAAGGCAUGAGCCCUCUGGCACAGAUGGAGGAGGAGAGGAGAGACCAUGUGACGAAGAUGAAGAAGAUGGAGAUGGAGAUGGAGCAGGUGUUUGAGAUGAAGGUCAAGGAGAAGAUCCAGAAACUCAAAGACUCUGAGACAGAGCUGCAGCGGCGUCACGAACAGAUGAAGAAGAACCUGGAGGCCCAGCACAAGGAGCUGGAGGAGAAGAGACGUCAGUUCGAGGAGGAGAAGGUCAGCUGGGAGGCCCAGCAACGCAUGCUGGAGCAGCAGAAACUGGACGCUUCCAGGACCUUGGAAAAGAACAAGAAGAAGAAGAUCUUUUAAAGCCCUCGGACCACCACCACAUCCUAGUUGCCAAUCAAACCAGCGGGGGACCCUCAGUCAGUCUGUCGACCAAAACCACACGUCUAUAUAAAGCCCUGUUUUCCGCUCCUUUUAUUUCAUUCGUUUGUCGUUUUAUUUUUCGUGACCUGGAAACGCUUAUCUGUGCCCCGCGUCUGAAGCGCCGGCUCGUCCACCAGACCUCACAGACACGGAGAGCUCCUCGGAGGGUUUUGAUGCGUGUUUUCAGACCCGAGGUCACUUCCUCCUGCGCUCGAUAAAGGCUGAAUCUUACCUCAGGCAUUUCUGGCCUUUAAAAGACCACCUUUUUUUAUGGCUUCUUCUUUUCCCCUUCCCGAAAUGUUUAGCUCUUUCAAUAUUUGUGUAAUUUAAAUUAUUUAGCCGCGGACCUUAGCCAUUCAUGAAAGUUUUUUUUUUUUGUUUUUUUCGAUUGCUAUUAUUUUGUCAUUUAAAGCUCCGGUUGACUGUUUUAAGUCCUUGACGAACGUCACGUGACCUGUCCGAGGAUGGACGGCAUGCAAUAGAGGGUUGGUGAGAGGUUUUCUGCUCUGAUUCAGGAACAGUGAGCUGGCGUUCUCGGCCAGUCCGGUGUGUGUGUGUGUGUGUGUGUUGUUUCUCUCUAUAGGCACGAGUUCCCAUCAGAGCUGGUCGUGUACUUCGGCAACUCUUUUUAUCGUUUCGUUUCUCUUCGUUUUUGCUUUUCCAUUUUUAUUGUACAAAGUCACAUAAUAAACUUGUGAUGAUGCCA